GCCAGCAGAAAAGGCAAAUACAUGGGUGCCACACCCACAUGCAUAUCCAAAACUAGUGGUGACUCAUCACCAUUUAUGUGAUAGCCAGAAGAUGGGCAAAGAGAUUUCACACUACUUCUGCUGAAAUGGCAACCAAAUCGCCACUCUCUUCUUUUCUCAGUACCAAAGUUUCAGUUUUACCCAAGCUAUGGUCACAGAAUCCUCUCACUUACAUGCCCCCUUCACUGAAGCCAAGAGUUCAUUUCAAAAUCCAUGCUAAAUUGGAGGGAAGUGAUGGAGAAGUCAAGCUGAAAGGAAAAAGAAAGUUUGUUACGAGAGAAGAAGAACCAGACCAGUUUUGGCAAACAGCAGGAGAAAGAGAAGGGGAGAAUCCGAUGAAAACCCCCCUUCCCUACAUUAUAAUAUUUGGUAUGUCAACUCCUUUCAUAAUCUUAGCCAUUGCUUUUGCUAAUGGUUGGAUUAAGGUACCUGUUCGAUGAGCAGCUAGUUCUUGAGAGGCAAAAUGACAGUAUCAGUUUGAAUCUGAUCCAGUCCAUUGGCAUCUUUAAAUUUUUAUCUUUUUGGUUCAAAUGUAAUCAUACAUCUAUAGUCUGUUACACUUGUUCUUAAUAUUAAUGUUCUUGUUAUAUGAAUAUAAAAAUAUAAGUCCAAAAAUGUUGGGCAUUUCAUUUCA